AUGUCCCUGGGACGCGCCGGACUUCAGUGUUCCGGUGUUUUCAUGGUUGUAUCUACUGUAGAUCUUGGCUUACAGGAAGUGCCGCCUGUGCAUCCCUUUCCUGGGGGUAUGUACCCUGGCCGCACAAUCAGAUUGAAGGGUACAAUCCCUCCGGAAGCGAAGAGGCAGGGUGGUUGGAUGGUUAGGCAACUGGCUGCCACGCAACGUAUCGCGGGUCCGAUUCCCGCACGAAACAACUCUUUGAGUGAUCCACAGGUCGUUGUUCCGGGUCUGGGCGUUAUGUACCACCAGCAACACACCUGGAGCUGGAUAUUCAAACAAAAGACCUUUGCUUCUAGGUUCGCGAUAAACCUGCAAUGUGGACCCAAGAUAUUUCCUCGUGAAGAUAUAGCCUUUCAUUUCAACCCUCUCUUCGGGGCGGCGCGUGUUGUGUGCAAUCACUUCUUGUCUUCGGAAUGGGGUGAUGAGGAGACUAUUGAAGAUUUACCAUUGAACUGUGGAGCCUCAUUCGAAAUCCUCAUCGUUUGUUUUCUGCAUUGUUUUAAGGUGGCGUUGAACCGAGAACAUUUUUGCGAGUUUCAUCACCGCAUCGCGUUUCAUAGGGUUUCGCACAUCGCAGUUGAUGGUGACGUCAUAGUACAGCAGAUCGCCUUCGAGGGGGCUCCACCGCCGCAGGAAACAUACAUGAAUGUCAAGGGAAUAAUGGGCGAUGACCUCUCGCGUCCGGCUCUGGUUCAGACCAUGGUACGGAGCGAGGGGGACUGGGAUGCCGUCUCCUCCUUCUGCUAA